GCAGCAGAGGGAGAAGAGAAGAAGCACUGAGAGAGAGACUGCAGAGCUGCGAUUCACAGCAGAGACACAGACACACAGAGACACAGAGAAGGACGCACAAUACCUGCAUGCUUCACAUCCAGAGACAACAACACAUUUUCUACUCUGGAUCUCCAAACAGGAAGGUGGAAGAGUACAUUGCGCACUGGAGCCUUUUGGAGUUAUAUAAAAGCAGAAAAAGCAGCAGCAGUGUCGCAGAGUCGGUUUUGUGCGACUCAUUGAUAAAUAACACAGGAUCUCUCCGGACAGAUGCAUGAAUGACCGCCUCUGAAGGCAAUCUGUGAAGAAGAAGAAGAAGAAGAAGCGCAUGUUAUUGCAUCCAAAAGCGCACUGGAUCAACAUCUGGAGUGAUCUGAUUUUCUGCACUUUUAUAUUUUUCUUGGACUGAAAACAGAUUUUUUUUUUAUUUUGGGGAUUCUUGCUGCAAACCAGCUCUCCAAAAAACCUUGCAUUCUUAUUGAAAUCCUCAUUUACUCCUGCUUCUAAAUGCUCGACAAGCUGAAGCCCGUCGUGCAGCUCGAGUCGGUGAUGGCGAUCAGUAAGACGGUGUGUUGGCUCCGGGAGCAGCUGGAGACGCAGACGCGCAGAGACGGCCUGCUGGUGAUGGACUGCCGGGCCCAGGAGCUCUACGAGUCGUCGCACGUCGACUCAGCCAUCAACGUGAACAUCCCGAGCCUCAUGCUCCGCCGGCUGAAGAAGGGCAACCUGCCGGUGCGCUCGCUGCUGUCCGACGGAGAGGACCGCGAGAAGUUCGCGCGUCGCUGCAAGACGGACAGCAUCGUGUUGUACGACGAGUACAGCCGCGAGUGGAACGAGAACGUGGACGGAGGCUCGGUGCUCGGUCUGCUGCUCAGGAGGAUGAAGGACGAAGGCUACAAGGCCUACUAUCUGGAGGGUGGCUUCAGUAAAUUCCAGGCCGAGUAUCCACAUCUGUGUGAAACCAACCUGGACGGCUCCUCCAACACCAGCUCCCCCACCGCCCAGGUGCUAGGCCUCGGCGGGCUACGCAUCAGCUCUGACUCGUCAGACAUCGAGUCUGACAUCGACCCGAGCAGCGCCACAGACUCGGACGGCAGCCCGCUGUCCAACCCGCAGCCCUCCUCCUUCCCGGUGGAGAUCCUGCCGCACCUGUACCUGGGCUGCGCCAAGGACUCCACCAACCUGGACGUGCUGGAGGAGUACGGCAUCAAGUACAUCCUCAACGUCACCCCCAACCUACCCAACCUCUUCGAGAACGCCGGGGAGUUUAAGUACAAGCAGAUCCCCAUCUCGGAUCACUGGAGCCAGAAUCUGUCUCAGUUCUUCCCCGAGGCCAUCAGCUUCAUUGAUGAAGCUCGGGCACAGAAAUGCGGCGUCCUCGUCCACUGCCUAGCCGGCAUCAGCCGCUCCGUGACGGUAACGGUGGCCUACCUGAUGCAGAAGCUCAACCUGUCCAUGAACGACGCCUACGACAUCGUCAAGAUGAAGAAGUCCAACAUCUCGCCCAACUUCAACUUCAUGGGCCAGCUCCUUGACUUUGAGCGCCAGCUGGGCCUGAAGAGCCCGUGCGACAACCGCAUAGCACCGCCCAGCCAGCAGCUCUACUUCACCACCCCGACCAACCACAACGUCUUCAAGCUGGACCCCCUGGAGUCCACGUGAGGCCUGCCGUAAACAACCCCUCUCCUUGCUGGAGGCAUUCGUGGGCCUCCUGAUGGAAAAGCUGCAAAAAGUUUCUCUCUUUUUUCCGCCGUCUGCGAUGAGACCGGGGCGCUUGACCUUAUUGACACAGCUGGCUUGAGGCGACUGCUGCGGAGCGUGGUGACUGGAGGGCCGAAGCUGUCUGGCCGAGACGCAGCUGCUGUUGACUCAAUGAGGAGAGACAGUCAAAGAGACAGAGACAGAGAAAGAGGAGCAGAUACUUUCUUCAAUCUUAUAUCACUGUUGGACUCCUGAGGUCUUAUAUCUCUUUCUGUCAUUGUGUCUUGAGGAAACUUGAAGUGAUUUGUCGGACAGCUGUACGUUAUGCUUCUAAGCUCCUGGGCUGGUGUGCCAAAGAGACGUGAUUGUUCAAACUGGACAGAUCUAAAAAUGAGACUCUUUUUCUAUGUUUGUUUUGGGGUUCCCCCAAGACGCCAAGGUGCAUUGUCUCCUUCUUCGUCUUCUGUGAAGACUUGCCUGUGUGGGGUUGAAGCACCCCAGCUUUAGACGGCACACUAUUAUACUGGACUCGAUUUUGCAUUUGUGGAAUCUUUUCAAGCAUUUAUACAUUGUGUAUAUAUCUUAAUAUAAAAGACAAUACAGUAAAAAGCCUUGCUCUAGUAUAUCUACCCUUUGCAACAAGUGGGUACUCUUUUGUUUCAUAUUCUACUUUUAUGUAUGCAAACAAACUGCAUAUUGAUCAGUAUGUUUCAGUUGAUUAUGCCAAAAAAUCAAGUAGGCUUUCCAAGAAUUGUGCAAAAACGUGUACAUGUGUAAUAUAUUUGAUAAUCGCUUUACGUGUGAAUUCAUGCCGACGGGCCUUGUUUUUGCACCCACCUUCACAAAUCAAAGUCACCGUGGUUGUUUGCCUUACGUUUGCGCUCAGAAGGAUUUUAUUUUUGCAUUAGCCUUCAGAGAUCGACCAGUUUUCAAUUUCAUUUUCACAACAAAAAGUCAGUGAGAAAGUUCUGUUAAUUUGGCACCUCAUAGCAGACACGUUUGAGUCACAAUGGCCAACAUGUGUUGUCUGGAUCUCUGAAGGCUAAUGUGAGUAAUCCUGAUCUGUGCACAAGGGGUAGAAGUCUCUGACAAUGUGGACAAAGUUAGGAGGCUUUGCUCACAUCGCCUCUUCAGGGAAAACUCUGUGAAAUGCAGUUUUUAUUUGUCAAAGAGAAAAUGAAAAUGGAGCUUUGGAGGCUCGUGUUGCUCCCCCUCUACAAAGAAGGCCAUUCGACAGAGGAAGCCAUCUUGGUGACCUCUGCCAACCCCCUCACUUUCCUCUCUUACGAAUGUAAAGAAAAGAUAAGUUAUUAAUAAAUUGCUAUUUUGUCUACACUUUA